CACUGCAGCACCUGAGCUUGGAAGAACGCCUCUUCAAUCAGAUCCUAAUAAGCAGGGGCUGAUUGGGAGUAGAGACGGCUGAGGAAUGGCUCCCUCCUUGGGCAAGGCAAUUGGGCACAUUCUAGGACGCAUCAACACUCAGCGCUGUGCUUGCGGGUCUGUGAAGAGCACCCUCAGGUUUAUCAGCCUCCCAGCGGAUGCUGCCCCUCUAGCGGCAGCCACACGCCUUUUCUCGGGCCAUACCAAUCACAGCAUUGAACCCUCACAACAGCUUUUUAAUAGAGGGGCCGCGCAGCUUUUGCUUGCAUCAGAAGCACAGCCCAACGGUUCAGCUGAGACCCGUAGGAGCUGGUUUGGCUCGGUGGCCCUUCUCGGAUUGUUGAGCAGCUACGCCAUACAAUACGGGGGCAAUGCUGCAUGGGCGGAAGAACAGGAGUAUGCGGAGCGGCGAGAAGAGGAGGGGGCCAGCUACGGGACUUUCUCUGAAGCGCUGCACAGAAAGUUGGUGGAGAUUGUUGGGGAAGACAACGUGGAGACAGACCUGGAGGAGAGGAAGACGCGGGGCAAGCCAUGGAACACAUACCACGUGUUGAAGGGCUUUCCAGACGCGGUUGUUUUCCCGCAGUCCACUGAAGAGGUGUCCCAAAUUGUCAAAGCCUGCGCCGCUGAAAAGGUCCCGCUUGUGCCGUUUGGCGGCGGAACGUCGCUCGAAGGCCACACCAUGACUCCUCAUAAAGGAGUCAGCUUAGACUUUUCCAAAAUGAAGGGGAUCAAGCAACUGAACACCCGCGACAUGGACGUCAUUGUCGAGCCGGGCAUUGGGUGGGUUGAGCUGAACGAGUACCUGAAGCCGCUCGGCUUCUUCUUCCCACUCGAUCCCGGCCCCGGGGCUUCUAUUGGCGGCAUGUGCGCCACCCGUUGUUCAGGAUCACUGGCCGUUAGGUAUGGUACAAUGCGGGACAACGUCAUCUCCAUGAAAGCAGUGUUGGCCAACGGUGACGUCGUCAAAACGUCAGCCAGGAGUCGAAAGAGCGCCGCAGGGUACGACUUGACGCGGUUGAUCAUUGGCAGCGAAGGGACUCUAGCGGUCAUUACCGAGGUCACUCUGCGUCUUCAAAGGAUACCAGAAGCGACAGCGGUCGCCAUGUGUACCUUUCCAACGAUCAAAGACGCGGCCGACGCCUCCAUCGCGGCCAUGCACUCGGGAAUCCAGGUGUCGCGCGUGGAGAUGCUGGACGAGGUCAUGAUGAGGGGCAUUAAUGAGGCGACGGGCCGGACGCUCCCCGAGAAGCCGACGCUCAUGUUCGAGUUUGUCGGCUCUCAGGCGUCUGUAAUAGAGCAGGCUCAGCGCGUAGAAAAGCUGUCCAAGGGUUGUCGAGGGAGCGACUUCGUCUACACGCAAGAUGCGGACGAGAAAGAGGAGCUGUGGCGCGUCCGAAAGGAGGCGUUCUGGUCCACGUUCACACUGCGGCCGGGGGCAGAGGCCAUGGUCACGGACGUGUGCGUUCCGCUUUCGAAGCUCGCGGACAGCAUCGCCGAAACGAAGGUGGAGUUGGAGGCGUCGUCACUUGUCUGUCCUAUCUUGUCGCACGCGGGUGACGGCAACUACCACGUCAUUAUUUUGUUCGACCCCGCGGACCCGCGCGAGGUGGCGGAGGCCAACCAGCUGGCCAAGGACAUGGUGCACCGGGCCAUCGCCGCGGAAGGAAGCUGCACUGGCGAGCACGGCAUCGGCCUAGGAAAGAUGAAGUUUUUGGAAGAGGAGCUUGGGCCAGAGGCGAUCGCGACCAUGGGCAAGAUCAAGAAGGCCCUCGACCCGGACAACAUUCUGAACCCCGGGAAGAUCAUCCCGUCGCAGUUCUGCCAUUAGAAUUUAGAAACGGCAGCCGUCUUGAGACUAUGCCUGCAUGGAUGCUGUGUUUUGUACUGUCUUUAUUAUGUGCCGCGAGGUAUGAUUGACACAAUCUUCCUCAGCAAUAUGUCGUG